GUAGAUACUUCAUUCUUGAGGCAUUGCUCCUUGAAGAUGUCCUGGAUGCUGGGGAGAUAGUGUCUGUGAUGGAGCUGCCUGAGUUUACAACUUUCUGCCGCUUAUUUCGAUCCUGUGCAGUAGCCCCCCCCCCCCCCCCCGCCCCGCCAAUACUAGACAGUGAAGUAGCCAGUUAGAAUGCUCUCCACGGUACAUCCGUAAAACUUUAUGACCGUCUUUGGUGACAUACCAAAUCUCCUCAUGAAAUAGCCUCUGUCGAGCCUUCUUUGUAGCUGCGCCGGUCGAUAGGUUGGGCCCAGGAUAGAUCCUCAGAGAUGUUGACAACCAGGAACUUGAAACUGGCAAAGUCUAGGGGCACAGUGCAGACUUAAACCCUCUUCUGUAUGUGGCAGUUGUUGCUGAAUGUGUUAAAUCUAAGGUGGGUGCAUAUUUGUUAACGGUUGUGGAAUUAGUCAGCAAUCAGACAUGAUCCCACAGGACGUGGGCCGGUUGUAAAACCGUAAGACAUGACCCAUUCCAUCAUGGAUCAUUUAUUGCCCUUCUCAAUCCCGUCGGCAAUUCCUUCCCUCCCGCAGACGCUGCAUGACAUAUUGCUUGUAGCUGCCAUUCUUCAACAUGAUGAGUGUGUGAGCUGGGCCGCGUGGAGCACUUGUAGUUCAGCGACUUGCUCUGCUGCCAUAUCUAAUCUGUUAAAUCAUAGAUUUAUAUCCAAUUCAAUAAAAAUAUAUAUUUGCAUUUAAUUCGAUGCUAAUCUGAAGUGUGAAACUUCUAUGCGUAGAUAGAUGUGUGGAGAGUAUAUUGACUGGCUACAUCGCAGCCUGGUAUGGAAACACCAAUGCCAUGGAAUGGAAAACCCUACGAAAAGUAGAAGAUACGGCCCAGUCCAUCAUGGGUAAAGCCUUCCAGAUCCAUUGAGCAUAUCUACAUGGAGCGCUGUCGCAGGAAAGCAGCAUCCAUCAUCAGGGACCCCCACCACCCAGGCCAUGCUCUCUUCCCACUGACCCUCCCUGAAGUAUUCCCCCUCAACCAUCAGGCUUUUGAACCAAAGGGGGUAACUUCACUCAACUUCUUUUCAAAUCUUUUUUAAAUUAUUAUUAUUCAAAAAUAACACAGGUACAACUUCACUUGCACCAUCCCACAGUAUAUGGACUCACUUUCAAGGUCUAUCUCAUGCUCUUGAUAUUUAUUGUUUGUUUAUUAUUUAUUUAUUUUUGUAUUUACACAGUUUGUUUACUGCACUCUGCUUGCAUGUUCAAGUUGGGCAGUCUUUCAUUGAUUCUGUUAUGAUUAUUAUUCUAUAGAUUUAUUGAGUAUGUCUGCAAGAAAAUGAAUCUCAGGGUUGCAUAUGGUGACAUAUAUGUUCUUCGAUAAUAAAUUUACUUUGAAUCUUUUGAAUAGCUGAAAAUUUUUUUUAAAAACCCGCAUUCAUACUAAGGUAAAACUCAAAACGUUAGAAACACUCGGCAGGUCAGGCAGCAUCUGUGGGGGAAGAGAAACAGCUCCUGUUUGCAGAUCUGGGAAGGAUGAAGGAGCUUCGACUCAAAACAGACUGCCAGCUGUGCCUCACCUGAGGGUUUCCAGCAUUUUCCGCAGGUGCAAUGUUUACCAAGCUCUCUGAUCUGGGGAAAAUGUGGCUUUAUGGACCAUGCUGACUUGUACAGCGUUUAAAGAGGUUUCUUGCACCACCUUGUGGCUGCACAAUGACAUGGCAACUUGAUGUCGCAAUGUACUCUGUUGUCAUGACGAAGUGUCUCAGCCCGCAUCGUCGACAGCGCUUCUCCCUGUAGAUGCUGCCUGGCCUGUUGUGUUCCACCGGCAUUUUGUGUGUGUUGUUGUUAACGUUGACAGGGCUUCUCCCUAUAGAUGCUGCCCGGCCUGCUGUGUUCCACCAGCAUUUUGUGUGUGUUGUUGUUAACGUCGACAGCGCUUCUCCCUAUAGAUGCUGCCUGGCCUGCUGCGUUCCACCAGCAUUUUGUGUGUGUUGCUUGAAUUUCCAGCAUCUGCAGAUUUCCUCGCGUGUACUCUGUUGUUGUCUAGGUGACAGACAAUGCAAGGGUCCUUGCCUUUGGCCGGGGUUGGCGUGUGCAGGAUCCAGUUUCUAACCUGAGCAGCAAAUCCUAUUUAUUACAAACACAAGAAAACCUGCCAGAAGUCCGAAGCAACACGUGCAAUACACUGGAGGGACUUGGAAAGUAGUCGACAUUUUGGGCCAAAGGCCCUUCAUCAGGACUUGUUGUUUGGAGGAAGUCUGUUAGCUUCAGAGCUGGAGCACAGCUUAAAUACUCAGCCUGGCAACUCCAGCAGUUUCCUUUCCCCUGGCCUUUCUGUUCGUCAUCAUCACCAGGUCGAAUGAUGGGCGAUCGUGGCCUAUGAACGUGAUUGCACUUGGCAAAUUCUACAGAAGUGAAAUUCAGAUUCAGAAGAGAUAUGUCAUGAAAUUCAAUUUUCAUGACAUAUGCCAGAGAUAUUAAACCAGAUUCUGAUUCUGAAAUGGUUUGCCAUUUUCGUCUUCUGGACAGUGUCUUUAUAAGACGGGCGACCCCCAGUCAUUAUCAAUACUCUUCAGAGAUUGUCUGCCUGGCAUCAGUGGUCGCAUAGCCAGGACUUGAGAUCUGCACCAGCUGCUCAUACAACCAUCCACCACCUGUUCCCAUGGCUUCACAUGACCCUGAUCGGGGGGGGGGGGGGGAGGCUAAGUGGGUGCUACACCUUGCCCAAGGGUGACCUGCUCUAGUGGAGGGAAGGAGCGCCUUGCACCUCCUUUGGUGGAGACAUAGCUCCACCCCGUCUUUCUGUUAGAGAGUAUAAACGAAUCAGUCGAUAGCAGUAAGUCAAAAGGCCAGGGACUUGAAUGCAAUCUAGGCUGUUUCCACAGUAAAGGGGGUGCUGCACUAUUGAAGGAGCAGAGAGAAAAAAAUCCAAUUCAAUUUUAAUUGUCGUUCAAUCGGACAUGAACAUGAAGAAGAAACAAGCCCUUAACUCCGAGUGGAGUCACCGGGACGCCGUCGUGACAGCGUAUUUUUUUGAGGCUGAGUUGCCAGCUCAACCCAGCACGGAUGGAAAGCGUGCAAGGGAGCCGGCGGGAAUCGAACUCAGGAGCCUUCGCUCCAAAGUCCAGCGCUGAUGCCACCACGCCACCAGCCGGCUAAAUCAUACAUGAAUAUACAGUCAGAUUAAAACAGCAUGACUCAGGGACCAAGUACAAAACAGAACAGCAACAGUCACACACAGCACAAAUCACACAGUGCAUACAUGAUAACAAACAUGUAAAGCUCUCAGUAAGAUGCAGUCAUACAAAACCAAAGUCCAGAACGAGCCAUGAAUGCCACAGAAAUUGGCAGUGGACUUCAAUAGACUUGUCCUCUCGGGACAGCGCAGGGGAUGGGUGCAGACGGGCAAAAUCGUUGGCACAGAUAUUGUAGGCUGAAGGGCCCAUUUUGUUUUGCACAGCACGGACUCUAUGAUAGGCAUAUGAGUAGAGUUAGGCUGUUCAGUCCAUCAAGUUUGCUCCACUAUUCCAUCAUUGCUGAUUGAUUUUCCCUCUCAGCUCCAUUCUCCUGCUUUCCACCCCGUAAAUUUGGCCACCCUUACUAAUUGAGAACCUACAGUACAAUGCAAAAGCCUUGGGUGCCUAUGUGCAGCUAAACUUUUGCCCAGUCCUGCAUUUGUCAACGUGGAGUGGAGCGCGGGUUUGUAAAUCUGGCGGGGAGUAAAGGACUUUGGGAAUGGCGAGGGUGGAGUGUUGCAGCGGGUUUGUGGAAUAGAGUGCUUGGCACAGAUGCAGCCACACCCGGCCCUGGUACACCAGGCAGGGGUCUUAUGAUUCUAAACAACUGGUUUAUUGAUCAUUACAGAAUGUCUCUCUGGUGCUUCCUGCUCUCUCCCCUCUUUCUACCUCUUUUCCCUCUCCUUGCCCCCCUUCCCACUCUCAGUCCACAAUAGAGACCCAUAUCAGAAUCAGGUUUAUCAUCACUCACAUAUGUCAUGAAAUUUGUCUUUUUUUGUGGCAGCAGUACAGUGCAAUACAUAAAAUUACUACAGUACUGUGCAAAAGUCUCAGGCACCCUAGCUAUAUAUGUGUGACUCAAACUUUCUGACAAUAUUGAAUCAACCUCCAUUUUAAAUAUACUCAGUGAAGCCCUCAAUCUGAGGCAGUGAUUUGCACAGAUUCAGCAUCCCAAACUGGGGGUCCAUGGAUUCCUGCUUAAUGAUAUUGGUCCAAGGCAUAAAAAAGCUUGGAAACCCCUACUCUAGCUGAAGAAACUCCUCCUCGUCUCUAUUCUUAAGAGACAAUCUUCUCUUCUGAGGCUGUAUCCUCUAGUUCUGACAUGAUGGGAACCAUCCUCUCCUCGGAGGUCUGGACAUUAAGGGGAUUGAUUGAUCUGGCUUUUAAGACAAGUAAGGCAGAGGAUCUGUUGCAAAAUGAAUGAAGUGCCUGGUUGUGCUGAUGCUCCUGACUCCUGCGUCCUUCUGCCCCCCCCCUGAUUCUGUGACGUUGAUUUCAGAGUUCCUGGGCUCGGAGCUGCAGGCUGCGAGGCUCCUUCGCUCCAGGCGGCCCCCGCAGGAAGGGCAGCAGGCGCCGAAGGACGCCGGCGGCAGUGACGAGGUCUUCAGAGAGCUGCAGGCUCUCUGCCGAGCGCUGGGCCUGGCCGAGCCCACGGCAGGGGCUCCCGUGGCAACGCUCUUCAGGGACCUGGAGCUGAAAAUCCAAGACGUCAGUUCCAGUCUGCCAGAGGGCGCGGUGGGGAAUCCCUUGCUGACCAGGAGCCUGGAGCCUCGCCAGUGGGAGCGCCUGGAGGAGAUCCAUCGAGCCAUGUGCGCGGAGUACGAGUGCCGCCGGCAGAUGCUGAUCACUCGCCUGGACGUGACGGUGCAGUCGUUCCACUGGUCGGAGCGCGCGCAGCAACACGGAGCGGCAAUGGUUCGUCUGUACGAGCCUCUGAGAGACGUUCUCUGCUCCCGGCCUAGUGUAACGCUCGCCCUCCUACUCUCUGCGCGGGAGGACCUCUCCGUAAUCACCAAGACCACCAGCCAGAGCAGUCGGGAGAAAACCGCCUGUGCUGUCAACAAGAUCCUGAUGGGCCCCGUGCCGGAUCGCGGGGGGAGACCUGGUGAGAUCGAGCCGCCGAUGGUUGGGUGGGAAAGCAGGAGGAGUGGGAGCGGAGGGAGAAAGGAGAAGCGGAGGGGUAAAGGCCGGCGGCACUAAGGCGGCUCCUCCGGAGAGCCCCGUGACCAGGAGUGCAAAGUUCUACAGUACCCUUGGUGAACGGAGUUGCCUGUCUCCGUGUCGGAGCGAGGUCCGAAGAACAGGCUGGUUUGACGUCUUCGUACGGGGCAAAGAUGUCGAUCGGUGCCCACGGACUCCUCCAUCUUGCAAAAUUUCAGCACUUCCGGUAAAGGGAGAACACCACUGACUAGUUGAAAUGCACCGAGGCACGGGUGAAGUGUCGCUCGAGUAUCAGCUGCUCCCAACACUGGCUCGUCAGAAGUGGGCUUGCGAGGAGUGACGAAGAGGGGCACGUCUGUGCAUGGCCUGUGUUGCAGAGCCCCUCGAAUGACCGCUGUACAGCCUUUCCUUGUGUUUGAUGUGUAUGUGUAUUAAGGGGAAAAGAUGUUUGGUAUGGAGUGUUAUGUUUAUAUCCAGAAGGAAAAUCUCUGGGGUGGCAACGUGUACCAUUUCUGACACUAAUCCUGGUUGGUGUUGCCUGUGUGUUGUGCUGUAGAUGUAUUUUUGUGAAGGUCCCUCAACCGGAGCUUAGUUGAGGAGAGAAUGGUUUGCAAAAUUUCUGUUCUGCAAAAGAAACAAGAUCUAAUUUUUUGAGUGGGGUUGGUAUUUGCUGGGAAUCAAUGUUGUGAGGAUAAAGAUUUUAUUUUUAAUUAGAAAUAAAUCCAAAUUCUCCAGUC